GAGCCGCGAGUUCUGAUUCGGUUGUUUACCAUCAAUCAGGCCGUUGCUUGGCAGACACUGGAUGGUUAUGAGCCUGAACAAGCUGAAAGGGGCAGGAAAAGAAGUGGAGGCAGCAUUCUUCCUAUUUAAAGCUGCAUCGCUUGAAAAAAGUUUUCGCAGACUGUGCGGGAGCUGGUGCUGAAAAAGGGGGUUUGCCGAGGCUGCCCCGGGGCUGGUGCUGAAACAGGAGCCCACCGCUGACUUCAUGGUGCUACAGUAACCUUAGAAGCUUCUCUGCACUCCCGGGAGGACCCACAUGUCUAAUAUUUAGAUAUGAUGGCAAACUGGGUGGAAGCAAGACCUCUCCUCAUUCUCACUGUUUUAUUAGGGCAAUCUGUCUCAAUAAAAGCCCAGGACGAAGGCGAGGAUGAUGAAUAUACUGAAGAAAUAGCCUGCACUCAGAAUGGCCAGGUGUACUUAAACAGGGACAUUUGGAAACCUAGUGAAUGCCAGAUCUGCGUCUGUGACAAUGGAGCCAUUCUUUGUGACAAGAUACAAUGUCAGGAAGUGCUGAACUGCGCUGACCCUGUGACUCCUCCCGGAGAGUGCUGUCCUGUCUGUCCACAAACACCUGGAAGUGGAAAUACCAAUUUCGGUAGAGGAAGAAAGGGACAAAAAGGAGAACCAGGAUUAGUGCCUGUUGUAACAGGCAUUCGCGGCCGUCCAGGACCUGCGGGGCCUCCAGGGUCACAGGGAGCAAGAGGAGAGCGAGGCCCUAAAGGAAGACCCGGUCCUCGUGGUCCUCAGGGAAUUGAUGGAGAACCAGGUAUUCCUGGCCAACCUGGUUCUCCAGGGCCUCCUGGACAUCCGUCUCACCCAGGACCCGAUGGCAUGAGCAGGCCAUUUUCGGCUCAGAUGGCCGGGUUGGAUGAGAAAUCUGGACUUGGAAGUCAAGUAGGAUUCAUGCCUGGCUCUGUGGGUCCUGUUGGCCCAAGGGGACCUCAAGGUUUACAAGGGCAGCAAGGUGGUAUAGGACCAGCAGGACCUCCCGGUGAACCCGGUGAUCCCGGACCAAUGGGUCCAAUUGGUGCACGUGGACCAGAGGGCCCUCCUGGGAAGCCCGGUGAAGAUGGAGAAGCUGGUAGGAACGGAAACACUGGUGAAGUGGGAUUUACAGGAUCACCCGGAGCUCGAGGUUUUCCUGGGGCUCCUGGUUUGCCAGGCCUGAAGGGUCACAGGGGACACAAAGGGCUUGGAGGUCCAAAAGGUGAAAUUGGAGCACCUGGUGCUAAGGGUGAAGCUGGCCCUACUGGUCCAAUGGGCGCCAUGGGUCCACUGGGUCCAAGAGGAAUGCCAGGAGAAAGAGGGAGACUUGGGCCGCAGGGUGCUCCUGGACAGCGAGGUGCACACGGUAUGCCUGGCAAACCCGGACCAAUGGGUCCCCUUGGUAUAUCUGGGUCUCCUGGUUUUCCAGGAAAUCCUGGAAUGAAAGGAGAAGCAGGUCCUACAGGGGCUCGAGGUCCUGAAGGUCCUCAGGGCCAGCGAGGUGAAACUGGGCCACCAGGUCCAGCUGGCUCUCAAGGGCUUCCUGGUGCUAUGGGAACUGAUGGUACACCUGGUGCCAAAGGCCCCACAGGCUCAGCCGGUACCUCUGGUCCUCCUGGCUUGAUAGGGCCCCCUGGAUCUCCUGGCCCUCAGGGUAGCACUGGACCUCAGGGAAUUCGAGGACAACCGGGUGAUCCAGGAGUUCCAGGUUUCAAAGGAGAAGCUGGCCCCAAGGGGGAACCAGGGCCGCAUGGUGUUCAGGGUCCGAUUGGCCCACCGGGUGAAGAAGGCAAAAGAGGUCCUCGAGGUGACCCAGGAACAGUUGGUCCUCCAGGCCCAAUGGGAGAAAGGGGUGCUCCUGGCAAUCGUGGGUUUCCAGGCUCAGAUGGUUUACCUGGCCCGAAGGGUGCUCAAGGAGAGCGCGGCCCUGUCGGUUCCUCAGGACCCAAAGGGGGCCAGGGAGACCCAGGGCGUCCAGGCGAACCUGGCCUUCCAGGUGCUCGGGGUCUGACAGGAAAUCCUGGUGUUCAAGGUCCUGAAGGAAAACUUGGACCUUUGGGUGCUCCAGGGGAAGAUGGCCGACCGGGUCCUCCAGGCUCCAUAGGCAUCAGAGGGCAGCCUGGGAGUAUGGGUCUUCCAGGCCCCAAAGGUAGCAGUGGUGACCCUGGAAAACCUGGAGAAGCAGGGAAUGCUGGUGUUCCUGGGCAGAGGGGAGCACCUGGAAAAGAUGGAGAAGUUGGUCCUUCUGGUCCCGUUGGCCCCCCGGGUCUAGCUGGAGAAAGGGGAGAACAGGGGCCUCCAGGGCCCACCGGAUUUCAGGGACUUCCUGGGCCUCCAGGACCUCCUGGGGAAGGUGGAAAGCUAGGAGAUCAAGGUGUUCCUGGAGACCCUGGAGCUGUUGGCCCCUUAGGACCUCGAGGAGAGCGAGGAAAUCCUGGGGAGAGAGGAGAACCAGGGAUCACCGGGCUCCCUGGCGAGAAGGGUAUGGCUGGAGGACACGGUCCUGAUGGCCCAAAGGGCAGUCCUGGUCCAACAGGGACGGUGGGAGACACAGGUCCUCCAGGUCUCCAAGGCAUGCCCGGAGAGAGAGGCAUUGCAGGAACUCCAGGUCCCAAGGGUGACCGAGGUGGCAUAGGAGAAAAGGGUGCCGAGGGCACAGCUGGAAAUGAUGGAGCAAGAGGUCUUCCUGGUCCCUUGGGCCCUCCAGGUCCUGCCGGUCCCACUGGAGAAAAGGGUGAACCUGGUCCUCGAGGUUUAGUUGGUCCUCCUGGCUCCCGUGGUAAUCCUGGUUCUCGUGGUGAAAAUGGCCCAACUGGGGCUGUUGGUUUUGCUGGACCCCAGGGUCCUGAUGGACAGCCUGGAGUAAAGGGUGAGCCUGGAGAGCCGGGACAGAAGGGGGACACUGGGUCUCCUGGACCACAAGGACUAGCAGGGUCCCCUGGUCCUCAUGGUCCUAUGGGUGUUCCUGGAUUAAAAGGUGGUCGAGGAACCCAAGGCCCACCUGGUGCUACUGGAUUUCCUGGUUCUGCUGGUCGAGUUGGACCUCCCGGCCCUGCUGGAGCUCCAGGACCUGCUGGGCCCAUAGGGGAGCCUGGGAAGGAGGGACCUCCAGGUCUUCGUGGGGACCCUGGCUCUCAUGGGCGAGUGGGAGAUCGAGGACCAGCUGGCCCCCCUGGUGGCCCAGGAGACAAAGGAGACCCAGGAGAAGAUGGACAACCUGGUCCAGAUGGUCCCCCUGGUCCAGCUGGAACCACUGGGCAAAGAGGGAUUGUUGGCAUGCCUGGACAGCGUGGUGAGCGAGGCAUGCCCGGCCUGCCAGGCCCAGCGGGCACACCAGGAAAAGUAGGACCAACUGGUGCAACAGGAGACAAAGGUCCCCCUGGACCUGUGGGUCCCCCAGGCUCCAAUGGGCCUGUGGGGGAACCUGGACCGGAAGGUCCCGCUGGGAACGACGGCACUCCAGGACGGGAUGGUGCAGUUGGGGAACGGGGUGAUCGAGGAGACCCUGGGCCUGCAGGUCUUCCAGGCUCUUCUGGUGCCCCUGGGACUCCUGGCCCUGUGGGUGCGCCAGGAGAUGCGGGACAAAGAGGAGAUCCGGGUUCUCGAGGUCCUAUAGGACCACCUGGCCAAGCUGGAAAACGAGGUUUACCAGGACCUCAAGGACCUCGAGGUGACAAAGGUGACAAUGGAGACAGAGGUGACCGCGGUCAGAAGGGUCACAGAGGCUUCACCGGUCUCCAGGGUCUUCCCGGGCCCCCUGGUCCAAAUGGUGAACAAGGCAGUCCCGGAAUUCCUGGUCCAUUUGGUCCAAGAGGUCCUCCAGGCCCAGUUGGUCCAUCAGGCAAAGAAGGAAACCCUGGUCCGCUUGGGCCGAUUGGGCCUCCCGGUGUGCGUGGCAGCGGAGGAGAAGCAGGCCCAGAGGGUCCUCCUGGCGAGCCUGGCCCACCUGGCCCUCCGGGUCCCCCUGGACACCUUACAGCUGCUCUUGGGGAUAUCAUGGGGCACUACGAUGAGAGCAUGCCAGAUCCACUUCCAGAGUUUACUGAAGAUCAGGCUGCUCCUGAUGACAAAAACAAAACUGACCCAGGGGUGCACGCCACCCUGAAGUCGCUCAGCAGUCAGAUCGAAACCAUGCGCAGCCCUGAUGGCUCCAGGAAGCACCCCGCCCGGACUUGCGAUGACUUGAAGCUUUGCCACUCCGCCAAGCAGAGCGGUGAAUACUGGAUUGAUCCUAACCAGGGAUCAGCUGAAGAUGCAAUCAAAGUUUACUGCAAUAUGGAAACAGGGGAAACAUGUAUUUCAGCAAACCCAUCCACUAUCCCCCUUAAAACUUGGUGGGCCAGCAGAUCUCCUGACAAUAAGCCCGUAUGGUAUGGCCUUGACAUGAACAGAGGAUCUCAGUUCACUUACGGAGACUACCAGUCACCUAAUACUGCCAUUACACAGAUGACCUUCUUGCGCCUUUUAUCAAAAGAAGCAUCUCAGAACAUUACUUACAUCUGUAAAAACAGCGUAGGAUACAUGGAUGACGAAACCAAGAGCGUCAAGAAAGCCGUGGUUCUCAAAGGCGCAAAUGACUUGGCAAUCAAGGGAGACGGGAACAUUAGAUUCAGAUAUAUAGUUCUUCAAGACACUUGCUCUAAGCGAAAUGGAAAUGUGGGCAAGACUGUCUUGGAGUACAGAACACAGAACGUGGCACGCCUGCCCAUCAUAGAUAUUGCCCCUGUGGAUAUUGGCAGCCCAGACCAGGAAUUUGGCGUGGAAGUUGGGCCAGUGUGCUUUAUGUAACACAAGCCCAGAAAGACCAGCACUGUGCAACACUCUCACGAUGACCAUCGCCAUUCAUGAGAACUUUUGACUAUUUGAAGUUGAUCCUGAGACUCUUGAAGUAAUGGCUGAUUCCACAUCAGCACUGUAUAUAUGAUCUUAAGUGCCUGGCCUCCUUACCCUUCAGAAUAUUUAUUUUACUGACAAUUCUCAAGUUUUAAUUGACCUAAAAUAUUUUUCAAUACAAAAGUUUAGGUUUAAGGCAACCAAUGACAGUGACCACCUUUUAAAAAAAGUAAACUGAUGAAAUAAAUAAAGAUCUGUUUUCUUCAAUUUAUUUCGAUGCAAUGAAAACAAUGCUUAGUAUUUAUGAGGAAAUUCUUCUUCCUGGCAGAUAGCUUAAAGAGUGGGGUAUAGAAAACCACAAUGCAUGUUUAUUUUGCUUGGCUGCGGUUUUAAAACUAGAAAGUAGAGCUCUUUUGUGACCUCUGAUUCCCAGAUUACCAAUGAAAAUAAAAAUGUUUAACCUUGUAAUGGAAACCCACAUCCACAUAUGGAUAUUGUAUAACUGUUACAGAGAAUCUUUAAUUUAAAAGAAAAAUAACAGUUUUUCACUGCCUUCAAUGGAAUUUUUAAACAAUAUAUAUUCAAUGGACCUUCAGGUAGAAAAAGUGAAAUUGCUUCAACUUCUCAAAUUUUUGUAAAAACUGAUAUGUUUAGACUCAUUUCUUAUUCAGUUUUCACAAUACCAUUUCCCCUUUGAUGCGUUCUGUCAAUGCAGAGAGAUAUUGCAUAGGUAGAGCAUUUAUUCCAUCUGUAUUUUCUUAUGCAAGAAGACACUGAGCAAAAUAAUUUGCAUAUAUGUCUUUAUGAACACAUUUUCAGGUCCCAUAGUUGAAAGUCUUCCACAUGCACAAUCUCACCCUGAAGCCUAUAAGGAAGAAAAAGUCAUAGAAACCCAGUUUUGUGGAGUUGUCUCUCAUCGAAUGUGAUGACUGGGACUAGAACAUUUGGCCUUUGAACUUGCAUAGACAAAGUGGCCCGACAUUUCUUAGCAUGAGCUACCUCAUCUCUAGAAGCUGGGAUGGACUUACUCUUCUUGUUUAUAUUUUAGAUACUGAAAGGUGCUAUGCUUCUGUUGUUAUUCCAAGACUGGAGAUAGGCAGGGCUAAAAAUUAUUAUUAUAAUGAUGAUGAUAUCCUUUAAUGAUGGUGCUAAAAUUCUUUCUUUACAAUUCUUUUUUAAAAAAUAAAGACUGUUUCAUCAAUGACAUUUGUGAAGACGUACCUGUUAGACUCCCCAUUUCCGAAAGGUAGAGUGGUGUCCCAGUGCCUUUGCGUGCUCUGCUGUCAUACUGUACCCGCUGUGCUUUGUAAUUCUUUCAUGUUUCUUAGACCAGGACAUGCAGGUCCCCUGGUGUCUCAAGAGAUUUUUUUUUCUUAAUUGCAUUUGUUGGCUCUAUUUUAAUUUCUUAUUUAAAAAUAAACAAGGGGCAGCCCAAGGAACAAGCCAUGCACACAACUUUGGUCAUGUAUCUCUGCAAAGCAUCAAAUUAAACGCACGCUUUUAUCAUGUCA